CAGCCGACUCAGCACAGCAGCAGGCAGACAGAGAGUGCAGGGGACAUUUCGAAGCGAUCAUUGAGCAGCAUCAAAGAGGGGAAGUUCAGUGAUUGCCCGGGAACACUGUGCUGCAAACUCCAUCCAAACUCAUUGCAAAAAACUUUCCGCACUAUUCAAGAGUGUUUUUUUUUAUUGCACUACUCAAAAGAGUUUUAUUACCGCAGAUUAAUCGUGUUCACAGACGAAGAUUAACCCUUCAGCAACUGAAUUUUUUUUGAGAUAAAAAGGACACACAACGUGGCAAGAAUUUGACAAAACUUUUGAUUUUCAAACACAGCCGAUUGGUGUCUGUAUGGGCGAAUCUGCCUGUCUCUGGUUUGGGAGUCUCGGUGCCGGCUUCUGACUGGACCUGUCCCGGUACCCACUGCCUUGCUGCCAGAAGGCAGUGGAACUCACAGCACAGUUUUUGUCAACCUCUCUCAACCAUUUGCAGGUCUGCACAGUCGGAUCCACACCAAGCCAGCAUGAACGGUGCUGUUCGAGUCCUCACACUCCUUCUCGCUUUGAGUAACGCUGGGUUCACUCAAUCCCUGCUCGUCCAUCUUAGCCCUGAGGAUUCUCAACUCCAGGACAGAUCGGGACAGGGAAAUGAGAAAACACCAGGCGCUGGGCUGGGUCCUGAUAUGAGCCCUCCUGAAGGAACAGUGAAUCGUGCAGAGUCCACCGGAUCAUUAAGAACAAUGGUCGCUGAGCAGUCUUCCAAAGAAACACCUCCUGUGAGAACCAGGAAAUUUAUUGGCAAGACAAACGAUCGCGAAAAAUCUCUUCCACUAGUAAGAAAGAGACGUGAAGAAUCAGACAGUCUGCCAAUAGUGACAGCUGAGAAAAUGACAAAACCAAGAGGAACACCCAAAAAAGCCAAGAAAGAAAAAAAGCCCAAGAUCAAGACUCCAAAGCCUAAGAAAGAGAAAAAACCCAAAGAGAAACCUCCAAAACCCAAGAAAGAGCGAAAACCCAAAGACAAAAAUUCAAAACCCAAGAAAGAGAAAAACCCCAAAGAAAAGCUGCCAAAAUCUGAGAAAGCAAAGAAACCCAAGAAACCAGUUGAAAAACUUGAGCCCACAAAGGAACCUUUGCAUGAAGAAGAAAAGCCUCAGCUACCUUCACAAGAACUGGAAGAAAAGCCUCAGCUACCUUCACAAGAAGAGGAAGAAAAGUCUCAGCCGCUGGAAGAACACCAGGAAAUUCCUACUGAGCCUGUCACAGAAAUGAUGGAAGAAAUUGUCACAGGCCUGGAAAUGUUUGAAUAUGACCUGUGGCCAACUGAACCACCUGCCAAGCCAUUCACACCACCACCUUAUGUUGAAUACGACAUUGAGGAGAAGGAAAUCAUCGAAGAGAAAACUGCUGAACCUACGGAAGCUGCAGAAGUCCCAACUGAGUCAUUUGGAGAGAAUUAUGAUUAUGGAAUAGAUGAACAUGUGGAUGAAUAUGGGUGGAGCACACCAGAUGAGAAAGAUUAUGACACAACACUCGAUGAGGAGCUAGAAUUUGAGUUGGAGAUUGAUGAACUUGAACCAGAUGAAUAUGGAGAGUUGCAACCAAAAGAGCCCUAUCUUGAUGAAAUAUACGACUAUGAAGAUCUCGGGGAGGCAUAUACUUGGAAUGAAGAAGACUUUAUCCCCAAGAAACCUGAUGGGAGGAUUCCAGAGGAGACAGACCCAGACGAGUAUUUACCACCACUGGGAAAAAAAUGCCCUCCUCUGGGUCUUGAGUCCCAUCAAGUAGCUGAUGAACAAUUGACAGCAUCUUCUUUUCUGAGAUAUGGAUUAGGUCCACAACGUAUUCGAUUGAAUAUCCAGGCAGGUGAUGAGGAUGAAGAUGAAGAGGAUUAUUAUGAUGGGGCUUGGUGCCCUCAAACAGAGGACCAGUCACAGUGGAUUGAAGUCGAUGCCAGAAAAUUGAUUGAAUUCAGUGGAGUGAUUACCCAGGGCCGAGAUUCACUGCUGCACAAUGACUGGGUGAGUUCAUUCUAUGUGCAAUUCAGCAACGACAGCCGUACCUGGAUGACGUACACAGAUGGAUAUUAUGAUUGGCUAUUUUAUGGGAAUGUGGAUACUGACACUCCAGUUAUGAAUGAAUUUCCAGAAACCGUUGUUGCUCGCUUCAUCCGAAUUAAUCCACAAACCUGGAAUGGAAGUCUGUGCAUGAGAAUGGAGGUACUCGGCUGUCCAGUGUCAGAUUCCAAUCAAUAUGAACCCAAUGAACUGAGUCCCGAAGAAGGUCUUGAUUUCAGGCAUCAUAACUACAAGGAUAUGCGACAGCUGAUGAAGAUUGUGAAUGAACAAUGCCCAAAUAUUACGAAGAUUUACAACAUUGGGAGAAGCUCCCAAGGACUGAAGAUCUAUGCCAUGGAAUUAUCAGAUAAUCCAGGAGAGCAUGAACCUGGGGAGCCUGAAUUUCAUUACACAGCUGGGAUGCAUGGGAAUGAAGCAUUAGGCCGGGAGUUACUACUGCUACUAAUGCAAUUCCUGUGUAAGGAAUACAUCUAUGGAAAUCCCCGGAUCACACGUAUAAUCGAUAGCACAAGGAUACACCUUGUACCCUCUCUCAAUCCAGAUGGUUAUGAACUGGCUAAUGAAAUAGGGUCAGAACUCAGCAGCUGGGCACUGGGACACUGGACAGAAGAAGGACAUGACCUCAGUGACAACUUUCCAGACCUCACCUCAAUGAUGUGGGGCGCAAAAGACCAAACAAGAGGUGCUCGAAAAGCCAUCACUCAGCACCUUCCAAUACCAGAAGAAUACCAAGCAGAAGAAAGCGCGGUUGCGGUGGAAACACGUGCUAUCAUAACAUGGUUAGAAAAAACCCCUUUUGUCCUUGGCGCCAAUUUCCUUGGAGGGGAACAAGUGGUGACUUUCCCAUUCAACCUGGGCAAACCUCAAGAGGAGGAGGAGGAGGAGGAGGAAGAUGUGAGGCGAAGGCUACAGAGCAGAGACGAUUAUGAGGAAGAUGAAGGCGAAAAGAUACGUUACAUGGAAACACCAGAUGAUGCAAUAUUCCAAUGGCUAGCUAUUUCUUAUGCUUCUGCACAUCUUACUAUGACAGAAACAUAUCGAGGCAAAUGUCACACAGAUGAUUUUACCAAUGGCUUUGGAAUCAUCAAUGGGGGUGCAUGGCACUCAGCUGUUGGCACCAUGAAUGAUUUCACCUAUCUGCACACAAACUGUUUCCAGCUCUCCAUUUAUGUCGGGUGUGAUAAAUUCCCUCACGAGAGUCAAUUGGCAAAGGAAUGGGAGAACAACCAGGAGGCACUGCUCUUUUUUAUGGAACAGGUCCAUCGUGGCAUCAAAGGAUUUGUUCGAGACUUGGAAGGAAAUGCAAUUGCAAAUGCAACAGUGUCAACAGAAGGGAUAAACCAUGACGUACUAACAGCAACUGAUGGGGACUACUGGCGAAUAUUGAAUCCUGGUGACUAUCGCAUCACUGUGAAAGCAGAGGGUUAUGCACCUAGUACACGGGUAUGUCAUGUGGGAUACGAGAAUGAGGCCACCGAGUGCAACUUUAAUUUACGCAAAUCCAACUGGCACAGAAUUCAGCAAAUCAUGGAAGAAUUUGGACGCAAGCCCAUCAAUGUGCUGUUGACCCGGGGAAGAAGAGUAAAGAAGAUCCGGAAGAUUCGGGUGCGUGCUGGACACCGGAAACAGCACCAAAACCAGACGCAGACUUCAAAAUAGACCAUCUAUUCCCUUACAUGUCAUGUGGAUAAACAGUCUUUGUGUUAUAAGACAGAGGCUCUGUGAUUCAUAAACACAUGCUUGUAGAAAUCAGUCACAUAACAGUGAGAACAAGAUUAUGAAUUACUGUCCAUUAAGUUUCAUGAGAGUUUGUAUCAUACCUAAAACCUAAGUUUUAAAGAGUACGUCCACAGCCAUAGUCCAACACCUCUCCAAACAGAUAGAGAGUGUUAUCUGGGUCGACACCACAUCUUCGGUGCAAUCCAAUGGCUCCCAACAUUAGAACCAAAGCACACCCAUACAAACAACUGCUCAGGAGAGGGACAUGAGAACCACAGCCUCCAUUGGCUUCCCUUGCUCAAUCAUGUAUUUCAAGUUUGUGUCCCAGAAAGAUUACUCCACGAGAAUAUACAAUUGUUCCUGAAACAAAACUAACCUGAUACAGGAUUUGAAAUCAAUUUACUUGAUGCAACAGUUCGAUUGAAGACAAAUCUUAAAAACCCCAUGCCCAACCCUUACAAACUUCAUGACCGAACUGAAACCAUACGAGGCUCCACAAAGUUUCAAAGCACUUACUUCACAUGGGAAGCCAAAACUUAAAACCCAUGGACCUAAGGCACAAGAGUUAUUGCUUCAGAUUCAAAGCUGGAGUCACAGGGUUCGAUUUUAAAAAGAAAAGAGUUGAUUUAUCAACACAUGAAAUAGCAAAUUGGCUUCGGAGACGAGUUAAGUCAGAGUUAAAUAACGAGAAAGCUUUCAUUCACGUAUCUCUAAAAUGGAUACUCAUUUCAAGAGCAACCCACAGAUCACUGCUGAAUAGACUUGCCCCUUUGUUGUACUCAGCAGACUGGGAUAUUGUUAACAAAAUGCUUGUUAUGUGAAUAUUGAAUCAUAACACACUUCCUUCUAAAAAAUUGAGCAGAUAAACAAAAUAGAACUGGCACUCCCACAGCAGCAAACACACGUGUAGACAUUUCAGUCUUCUCUGGUAAACAGCUUCCAAGGUGCUUAUUCUCACCACGCAUUACCCUCUGAUAUGAAACUCUACAUCACCAAAUCAUUCAUGAUCUUGCAAAGAAACAUGAUUAAUCCUUGCUUCAAUAAACAGAACAAUCUAUUUAAUAAAAUUUUAGAUUCUACCACUACUCCAAAUGCAGAAAUUAUCUUCAGGAUAUCACAGCAGCUGUGACUAUAUUAAGGUUAAACAUAGAAAACUACAGAGUCAAGUUCUACAUUUGAUUAAAAAAAUGCAUCUUAGUUUUCAUCUAAAUGUACACUACUUGCAACCUAACCUGUUCAGUGACUUGCAAAUUUCAACAAUGCAUGUUCGACAACAAACUUUUACUCCUGGUUUUUAAAAAGCAAAUGUUUAGAGUUGUGUUGAUUGAUUUGACGCUGAACCAGUGAACAUGAAAGUUUUAACAGUGGUGUUCAACUUCACUUUGGGAUUUUUGGUGGAAAGAUUUUCUUUGAGACAGCUCUAUUUAAUAUUGCAAUUAGAUUUGUUUUGUUGUGCUAAUGUUAUAGAGAACAUUUAUUUUAAAAAUAUUGGAAAAGCAAUAUUCUAAAGAAUUGUUCUGCCCUUUCAAUGAAGAGUUCCUUUAUGUCUUAAAGUUUCUCAACCUAUUUUUGCAGAAUAAACAACAGCAAAGAAUUAACUCA